CCGCUGUUGUUCGAGGUCAACGACAUCUGGAGUGACUUUGGUAUGGGUGUCUGUGCUUUAGUCGUAUUGUUUUCUGCGUUGCUGCUGGGAAUGUCUGGAAUUGGGGAGCAGCUUUUGCGGAGGGUGGAGCUUAUACUAUAGAUACACUCUUAAGACUGUUCAUUAGCUCUGAAAAUACUAUCGUAGGUACUAUCAGCAGGUACUUAGGACUUGGAACUAAUGUUUCAGUAAUGGGAAAAUGUGUGCCACCGGCUAUGUUGAAUGGCCGUGCCUGCCUUUUUCUUUGCCUUCAUCUCGUCCAUUUCACUAGCGGCGGAAUGCUCGAUCCUUCGUCGACGGCCCCUCCCCCGGAUCAACUUUUACAACCUCCACCGAAGCAAAAAAGGUCGAGUGUAGCUUGCAGGCGAUGUCGAAGGCUUAGAGCCAAAUGCGUGAAGGAGGAGAGAGAUGGGGGCCUUUGUAGAGGUUGUAUUGAUGCUGGAGUGCCAAAUGAGUGCGAGUUCUUACCUCGAGGCAUGAGCGCCAUCGACAGGGCACCUCGCCCGGCUCAACGUCGCAAGCGACAGCGACGAGACAUUUCUGCUGAUCACGUUCCACCUUUCCCUCAAGUCCACGCUGUCGUUAAUGGCAUCUGCUCUUGUUGUCAACAAACAGUCCCUUCGACAUUGGGAUCAAUCCCUAAUGACCAGCCAAUCUCGCCUGUUGCACACGAGGACCUUCUACCUCCUCAAGAUGGACUCGUCGAUGCCUGCGAGUGGUUUUUCACUACAUACUUUCAACUUGGUUUCCUUCACAAGCCAACGUUCAUGCAUACACUGAUCACUGCCCCGCAAUCUAUCAGCACAUUUCUUCUUCUCUCUAUGCUCUCCAUCUCAGCACGAUUUUCCCCCCGGUUGAUUGAACGGUACGGAUCCGGAGCCGCUGCCGCUGAUGUCUUUGCUCGUCAAGCUCAGAAGCUCGCUGGCGAGGAGCUGGCCGGAGCUGCGACACUCGACAGAGCACAAGCGUUCUUUUUGUGUAGUAUCUGGAAUUGGGGUAGUGGGUACCGAGAUCGUUCUUGGAUUUAUCUGGGAGUUGCUGCUCGCAUGGCAUCCAUCCUCAAGCUAUCUCAAGAAUCAUCUUAUAAUUUGGGUCCCGAUGCAAGUGUAGAAGCAGUAAUUAGUGCCGAAGUAUCUCGUCGAACCUGGUGGGUGAUCUUCAUGAGCGACAAUCUUCUGAGCUCGGGCUGCGGCCGGCCAGUUGCUUUUGAUCUGGACCAGGUUACUAUACCCCUACCUUUGGACGAAGAUUAUUUCUCUUUUGGGUACCAAGGCCCUGCUACCGUUCUCCCUGGCACCAACGCCGAAGCGAGGCCGCGUUCAUUACAUCAAGCUCCCUUCAAUGCACCCCAGAUUGAUCCCCAGUUGCAGUCCCAGUCGCACCCACCCUCGCCAGGAUCCCCAGCUAACCCGAAUCUUAAUGAACCUUGCGAGCGUUCCUUGUAUGGUAAUCUUAUCACAAUAGCAGAAAUAUGGGCACGAGUGGCUAGGAGUGCACUGGUGCGGUCACAACCACCCGGUACUCCUGCGCCUCCCUCCGCCAAUCUUGCACCUUGGCAUCCAGAAAGUGAUUAUAUAAUCAUCAAGGAACUCGAGGCUUGGGAAGCAUCUCUCGGUCCUCGCCAAACCUGGAGUAUGAGCAAUCUCUUGGCAUAUCAGUCAAAGAACUUAGAUAUGGGUUUUAGGGGAAUCUUCCUCUUCAUGCACCUUGCCCACAUCGUCAUGAGGCGGUCUUAUCUCCCUAUGUUGGCGCAUGAUGUGCAAAACGGCCAGUCUUCCUCUAUUCGAACUGCCUUUAAUGAUGGCCAGUCUCAACCUCCCCCGGCACAUUUCUGGGAAACGAUGGUGCAUGACAUGUUUGCACAUGCGUUCAAAGCUAUUGAACUUGUGAAAAGCUGGGUACCCACCAGACCUUUUUCGAGAGGGUGUACGCCGAUGAUGGGAUUUUCACUAUUCAUGGCUGGGUCUGUGUUGGCGUACCUGAGAAAAUGGAAAUGGCUUUGUCUAAGUCUGUAUCCCUACACUGAAGCUGCAAUACAGAAUGCACUUGAUAUGAUUGCAGACAUAGCUGUUAUAUGGCCGCAAAUGGGCUCGCAAUGGCAUACAGCCCUGACUAAAACAGCUGCAGAGUUAGGACCUCCUGAUUCGAUGUCGCUCGACGGACAACGCAACCGCGGAGUUGAAGGGCUCGGACGAGCAGCAGAAGAAGACCUCAUCGCAGAUCAAAGAGAAGGAAUGUACAGGCACAAAAGUAUGGAGGCAUUUGAAGAAAAGGCUAAGCAACAGCAGGAGCAAAGCUCGCCCGUUACACCUGCCUCCGAUCUCAGUGGCUUACUAAAUCGUCGAGACGUGGAGCUCCCUCCUACCGGCGCCAGUCGGACCCGUUCUGAAUCCACCUCAUCCGUUCAAAACACCAAACAAACUCACGAUACCCAUAUGCUAUACUCCCUUGCAACCGCUGCCAGUAUGGAUCAAAAAAUGGAACCAGGUAGUAGCUUGCCACAACCUCCUAUACCUUCUCCAACUUCCGCCUCUACUCCAGCACCGAAUGGGUACCAUCCCGGACAUCCAGCACAAGGUAUUAAUGUUCUUCCACCGACAUACCUCCCUACCAGCGAAAAUGGACCAAAUUCCGUGCCAAUGGACUGGAAUAAUUUUCAAACCGAUAUCGCCACGUUGUUACAGAACGAUCUAAGCAACCACUUGGAGCAAGGCGGGAAUGGUUGGGCUUUUUGAGUGGCCUUAAUAGCGAAGAUGGAAAUGUGACAGAAUGAUUUGAGCAAACACUUGGAGCAAGGCUGGAAUAGCUGGGCAUUUUGAACGGCUUUGGAUAGUUGAGCUGCAGGAUCCAUAUGUGGAUUCAAAUAAAUUAAAGUAACUUUAAGCCCUAGUCGUUCAUUAUGUUCGACUUCGUUGCUCUGACUUUUCUCUUGUAAUCCUGUUCUUGUACCUGGCACUCCAUGUAUGACGUAUCGUACC